UGGCGCGAAGGUCGAAGGUUGCAAAUAUGGCGGACUUUGUCAAAAAACGUCGAGUUUUGAAGAGAAGGAUAGGAAUAGUUGGCUACGGACACUUGGGUGCGUACUUGGUUCAGGAAGUACUGAAAAGGGACGAUGUGGAGCUGGCCUUUGUUUGGAACCGCUCUGUGGAGAAAGUUCAAGGUCAUGUGGAGGACGAGCUCAUCCUGUCAAACUUGGACGAGUUUGCAGAAAGGAAUCCUGACUUUAUAGUUGAAGUGGCACAUCCUUCCAUCACUGAAAAAUAUGGUGAAUCCUUCUUAGAUGUGGCUGACUAUAUGGUCGGGUCUCCCACAGCAUUAGCCAAUCAGAAAGUAGAGACCAAACUUAGAGAGAAGGCCAGCACAUGUGGACAUGCCCUGUACGUGCCGGCAGGUGCAUUCUGGGGAGCACAGGACAUCAAGAAAAUGGCAGACAGAGGUUCUUUAAAGGGUCUCAAAGUUACAAUGAGGAAACACCCAUCCAGUUUUAAACUGAACAGUCCUCUGAAAGAAAAGAAUGACAGCAUUGGAGCAGAUGCAGCAGUGCUUUAUGAUGGCCCAGUCCGUGACCUGUGUCCUCUAGCUCCUAACAAUGUUAACACCAUGGCUGCAGCAGCUGUCGCUGCCCACAACUUGGGGUUUGAUGUGGUCAGGGGUUGUCUGGUGUCUGACCCAAGCCUCACAGACUUUCAUAUUGUGGAGGUUGAUGUGACGGGACCAGGUGAUGCUAGCCAGGGAAAAGCUUUCACGGUAAAAACCGUUCGCACAAACCCCGCUCAAGUUGGAGCUGUUACAGGAACAGCAACAUAUGCAUCAUUCCUCAGCAGCAUGUUAGGUGCCAGAGGUAAUGAUGGUGGUGUACAUCUCUGUUAACGUCAAGAUGUUAUGAAAGGCACUUUUAUUGCUGAUCAUUUUAAAUCUUGUGCUGGAAAUUUAGAGGCACAUUUACUGGUGCUAACUAAAGAAAUGAAAAUAAUCAUGAGUUUCAACUUUCAACAAAAGAAUAGAAAGAAGGGUAAUGAGUUAGCAAAGAAUCAGUUACUUUUGUUACUACAGUUACAUGUACAGUAUGUAAUGUUUAGUUUUGGUUUAGUCAGAUGAUAAGAUAUACUGUAUCAUUUGCAGCUGUGAACAUAUACUGCUGCUCUUCAGUACUGUCUGUUUACAGCAAGAUGUGUUAGAAUAAAAGGGCAAAAACCCUUCAAUAUCCUUUAGCAAGC